CAAUCAGUCCCUACAUUUUCCGCAACAAAGCUUUAUAGAAAAUUGUUUCUUACCGAAGUAUUGGCAUAUUAGCUCGUUAAUUUUUAAUUCUGCGUCGGACAAAUCAUCGCCGAUGUCGUGCCAAUCGUCUGCUGUCGCGAAAGCUCCGUGGAGUAAAUGGCUUCACAACUGAUGUGCUGACGAAAAAUGUCGUGGAAAGUCGGGUUAGGAGGCACGCACGACGACCUUGAUUUACAAGGAGCGAUAGAUGUUUCGUUCUUUGAUACCGAUUCCAAGGAGACACUUGGAUGCUGCUCAAAUUUGACGAACUGUGAGCCCACAAAGUCAACCUCUGCUGACCUCGCAGGCCUAGGUCAGAAAUGUCACACUCGCGACAGCCAGCCUUUCCCAUCUCAGUCAAACAACUUUACUGGUCAUCCCAUCGGGCAACAUUACCAGCAAGAAACGGCCACCUACUACUCGGAUUUCGAGAUGACAAAACCAACGUCAUUUAUGCUGGGCGAUUCCCAAGUGACACCUGUGAACACCGACAGGGAUAUGAAAGACGGUUCCCCCGUUCAUAGGGAUGACAUGGGUGAAGACGAAGUUACGAGUCCAAAUUCCAGUGUAUCAGUGACUGAUUCUGACGGUGUGUCAUCUUUAAGCGAAGAUUCCAUGGAAGGCCUCUCUGAAUCAGAGUCCAUCACAGAUGUGACACCGCUACAUUCGCCUUACAUGUGUGAUAGCCCAGUGCCAACUACAAAAAUGCCGAUUAGCAAGCUCGCAUUGCCUGGAAGUACCAACGGAAGAGAGAGAGCAGACACUAGUAGCGGCAGCGACUCCGAUGGACCGCCCUACGAUACGAAAAGAAAAAAUAGCGUUAAAUUGAGGGGAAAGGUUCGAUUAGGUACCGGCACGAAACAAGAAGAUUCAGUUGACCUGAGGUUAUUAGUAGAUGCAAUACGGCAGCUAGAAGCGCACCAGUGUGACCAAACGUCUUCUGUGAGAACUCGUAGGUGUGAACCAUCCUCAGUGGCCAAGGGGCGUAAAAAUAUGUCCUUCACUAAUGAAGAAGUGCAGAACAUUGACAGAGAGAAUCAGAGAUUGUUGAAGCGAAUUUUGGCACAACAGAACCGGCCUAAACCAAAGUUUGACACACGGACACCCUCACGGUUAGCGCCGUCUGCUAUCAACAGGCAGAGGCAACAACGACAGAUCGAAGUGGAAAAUCUGGCUCUGUUAAAACGCAUAGAAUCAGCCAAACCUUCCUUGGACAUGGUGCCUGCGUCCCAGGCAGUCUGCGCGGAAUUUGGAGGUGCUCUACCCCGGGCGAGGUCUCACUCGCUGUCGCUGACGAGGCACAGGCUGGCAUCACCCUCCGCGGCUUCUACGACGGGAAAGUCGGUCGCAUCGCUGAGUGGAGUUUCACACUUCCCUCAUCGGCAGAAGCACCACUCUCAUUAGCCUCGCGCACCACCGUGCCAUAGUUUUUUUUUUUUUGUAUGUUUGUGGAAUAUUUGAAGUGGAUGACGUGAGUUGUGGAAAAUGGUUUUUAUUUCCUUUGCGGAAUAUCCUGUUUCAAACUUAUAAUUAGGGAGUGACCUUUUCGGAUUAAACCCGAUUCCGCCCGAUUAUUCCCCCCCCCGAACUGACCUCCGACCAAUUCGGGUUAAACCCGAUUUCUCCCCGAAUUCCAGUCACUAUGAAAUCCCCAAGUGACGUUUCCACUGAAGACGAACAAAGGUCACCACGUGUAACGCAUGUAAGAAUGGGUCACUUACGUUCCCAGUAGUACACCCAUGUGUGUCAACACUAUCUAUGCUUUCGGGGAUUAGCGCUGGAAGGUCACGAUCCCGCAAAAAAAAAAAAAAAAAAGAGAGAUUAGGAAAGGUCAUAAUAGACAAGAGGAGAAACAAAAACACCCGAAGGCACAAUUAUCGCCUGAUUUCUCCCCGAAUUACAGAUUUAAAAAUAGCGCCCGAUUUUUACCCCCCGAAUCUGAGGAAGGCAUUUAACCCGAAAAAGUCACUCCCUACUUAUAAUGCGUCUGCAGAGCUGACUGUGAACUGUGCACCUGGCACGCAGCUAUCACUAGUCAUUUGUAAGUUUCAUAGUUUUGGUAUCAUUCUCCCCUACUAAUUGUUUUGCCAAAUCGAUUUUUAGUGAAAGACUGAAAGCAUUUUAUGUCUGAUGUAGUUCUCAGGUUUGCACUGAACAUAACAAAUCCAUCAGUUAUUGAGAGCUAAUCUUAGCUCUCUAGUAUUCAUCUGCAUUUCUUCCAGUUCUCAGGGUAAAUUAAUUUUUGAACCGAAGGCAUAAAAAAAAAAAAGUGAGAUUAUCUCGAUACAACUGUAAUGAGUUAACGUUUACAAACACGAAGCCCAUUUGCACUCGCAGCAGAAGCAUUGGCCAUUGACAUUCCUGUAGGCAGUAUCCUUUAUUCAUAGUUUCAAUAUAACAACGGUGAAUUGCCAGUGUCCUUUUAAUUCCCAAACACACUGCACACGAUGUAACCGUCAUUCUCAAAAUGACAUCUUGCAUUUACAUCAAAUUUUACGAUAAAUAGUAGAAACAUGCAAUGGACAAUGUUUCUCAGCUCGGGGGGGUAACAGUAUCAACAUGACUGAAUUGUCGGAUUGUGUGUUGAUGUUUCUUUCCUACAAGGUAGCCUAAAAUGUAAAAUACUCCAGCCAGGUAUGUGCACAGCCCUAGCAAGUUUGUAAGUCACUCUAUAAAGCUGCCAGUGAUUGAUUGAUUGAUUGAUUGAUUCAUUCAUUCGUGCCCAAGAACAGCCACAAGGGCCUUGUGACAAUGGGUGCACUAGAGAGAAAAAAAUAUCAUUUUGACUUAUAAUGAUGACGAUGAAGCAGCCUUCGAGUAGACGUGAAAAUUUGGCCAGUGUUUGUACCGUGUUUGAAAGGGUUAUUGGUUUCCAUAGAAACCCCACGCAAGCCUAGAACUUGACUACAGCAUGUGCACGGGCGUACCUAUGCAUUUACAAUGGAUCAAGGUUUGCGUAGUAGUGGAUUAGGUAUGUUGGUACUACACCAUGUAAGGCCUGAACAUGCUCACAUACUACAUUGGCUACUGGUUUCCUUUCUGCAGCCUGCUCGAGCUGCAUUUAGGACAUUUUUCUUGUUUUGAAGCUUGUUUGCAUAGACGUUGGUUCCCAGAAGUCAACCAACAUGUGGUACUGCAUAGGUACUGUUGAGGUACAUUUCUGCUGUACAUAGUAAUAGUUGACAACUUUAUUGUUGUACAUCUUGUCCGUGCACAGUGUCCCAAAAGUGGCAUCAAAAAGCUUUACCAGGAAACUAGUUUGGAUAAAAAAAAUAAAAAAAAAUGUGCCAUUCAAAUGGUACUGAGCUUUACUUCAGUUGGACCCCGAUCUUGACAGUCCAGGAGUCAAGCAUGCUCUUCUGAUCAGCAGUUAGUAGUGUCUGUGGCAUUUGCCCCAUUCCACUACAAGCCAAUCAAAAAAGAGAAAUUUUGCGGUUUGGUUGUGGGAGAGGUGGAGACUCAAUUUGAGUCAAUCUGAAUCAAUUGGAGUCUCCACUCACUUAGUGGAUCAGGAGAAAGCAAUGCCUAUAGGUUAAAGAAAAAAAAAAGAAAGAAGGAGCUACCCUGUCUGUCUGUGACAGAGGCAGAAGGAACAAUAUUCUAUUUUUCGCAUCUCAGGACGUUGUGGUGGGACGGGGCAAUCUUUUGUCUCUGUAUCGUAUUGCAGAGUUCACUUGCAAAAUAUCACUAAGCAUGGAUACUCUUUCAUUAACUGCCAAAUUUUUACUGAAAUAUUUUUGAAGACGUAUUAUUGUGCCUAGUAGAUAUUAGUUUUUUUUUUUUAAGUUUUCCUGGGACAGCAUGUGCACUGUACGAAAUGUACAAUUAACUCUAGCAAAAUAUCUGGUGCUUCAAAGGGAGCUUAGGGUUGUUGAUCUGCGAGUUUUAUAUUUGCUAAGAAUGUUCUUCGACAGAUUUUCUAAGAAAAAGAUUUAUGAGUGUUCCGUAGAUCCUAAAUAUAGUGUUACAGUAAUUUGUUAUCAGUCCAAUAACAUUCCUCUUAUAGAAUUGUAUAGAUUCCACAGGAACCCUUCCUGCCUUGGCAGUUUGGAACGCAGCGCUGUAACAAACAAGUACUGUGUGGGAAGUAUUUCCGUGCAAGUUAACUGAAGCAGGUGUUCAGAAGGCACAAUUAAUGCAUGGUAGAUGGAAAGGUGGUUGGCACAAGUGAACGUGCAUCGCGGAUAAACAGGAAUACCAAAUUGAGAUUGGUCUAGUUCCAAAAUAUUUUGUACAAAUCACAAACCCAAUACAUAACUUUAUUCUGUAUUGUUGCACUCUACUGCAAAACAGAAGUUUUGCAUGUCUUGCCACUACCUCGUUUUUAUCUACGUAUGUGCAACACACAAGG